AUGGCCCUGCGAUGGGUAUUUCCCAUGCUCCUCACAGCUCUGCUGGCAGCACUGGAGCAGGACGAGCCGGACACCAACUUCUCCAAAGUACCGCAGGAAACAGGAACUUGUCCAAAACCCCAGUGGGACUCAAAACUCCAGCUGGCACCCGACCAGCAGAGUUACAAGACAAACGAAGAAGUGGUGCUGAGCUGCCCUGAGGGUUUCCAGCCAUCCUUCACCAAAAUCAAAUGUUUGGUUGAGGAGCAGCCCACCAGCUAUGGGAAACCUGCACACAGAGGAGUCUGGCGUGGAAUGAACAGCAGAGGUUACUGGAUCGGCAUUUGGUCUGAUGUGGAGUGCAUUGGGGACUUCCAAGUUGUCCCCGGGUCUUUGGAGAUUUCCAGCACCAGUAUCAAGCUGAACUGGACCUGCAGGCUCCCCAAUGCCUGCCAGUACAUGUGGGCCACGUGCCGUCUGGCCAUGCCUUCCUCCCCUCCCUGCGAGCCUGAGGAGGUGAGGGGAGAAGAGAUGCUACACGGCCAGGAGGGAACAUUCACCUGUCCCCCUCUGCAGCCCUUCACUGUCUACAGUGUCACCAUCUCCAGGGACCCCAGCACGAACCUGUACACACUGAUCUUCACAACAAAGGAAACGGUGCCAGACAAACCAGAGAAGCUGUGGCUGGAUCCUAACACGGGGUCCCUCACGUGGAAUCCACUGCCCUCCUGCAAAGGGAAGAUCAUCGGAUACCAGCUGAACAUCACCACGAGGAGCACGCAGGACAGUGGCUUCCUGGAGGUGGAGAGGCUGCGGCUGAGCAGCUCCGUCACUGAGCACCCACUGACCCAGCACAGCCCUGGCAGCAGCUACGUGGUGACGAUUCAGGGUCUCACAGCCGCCGGAGGCGGGCCGCACCCCUUCAACGCCAGCCGGCAGCCCAGUACCUACGUGGCUGCCGUGCUCAACCUCACCGGCCCCACGGACUUUGUGCUGGGUGAUGGGACCCGCGGACAGGGCUACCACAACGCUGCCCUCCGGCCGGGCUGGGACUACAUGGCCCUUCUCCGCCUCAUCCGCCACUCGCAGCAGGCAGAGAAGUUCACCUGUAUCUGCUACAGCUUCUCUCUUGAUCAGGAGCCGGGGUCUCUGCUGGGCAGGAUGCCUGUGGUUUUGGCAGUAGCGCUGGUCGUUGCACUCCUGGCACUGGGGAUUUUGCUGCUCCUCGUGCUCUUCAGGCGAAAGUACAGCGGUUCAAAAUCCUCGGAGAGCAACAGCACCAUCCCCCUGCGAAGAUGUCUAGGAGGUACGUGCAAGCUGAACACACAGAUCCCGGUGGAGGAACUGCUGGAGGCUCUGAAAACAUUUAAGAGAGAAGAAAUAGAGGCAGAGCAGAAUGAUGAUGAAUCAGUCGACAGACAAGAUGCUGGACGUCUGAGAGAGUACCAGCAACUGUCCUCCACUUUGUUGCAUCCCUGCGAUGCUGGGAAGGAGCUGUGUAAUCAGAGCAAGAACCGCUACAAGAGCAUCAUCCCAUACGAUCACUGCCGUGUGGUGCUGCAGCCCUCUGACACAGGGAAUGGCUACAUCAAUGCCAGCUACGUGGAUAGCUACCGGAGUCCACGCUUCUUCAUUGCAGCUCAAGGCCCCUUGCCUGGGACGGUAGUGGAUUUCUGGCAGAUGGUCUGGCAAGAGAAGACCUCGGUCAUUGUGAUGCUGACGGGCUUAGUGGAGCAGAACAAGACCAAGUGCGAGCAGUAUUGGCCAGAGCAAGAGCAGGUCUAUGGCGACUUCACUGUGACACUCAACAACACCAGGACCACCACGGGCCUCGUCACACGCAUCUUCUCCCUGCGUAAGGCAGGCUGUGCUCUCCCAAGAGCUGUGGAGCAGUUUCACUACUUGCUGUGGCCAGACCACGGGGUCCCCAGAAACCCUGCCCAUCUCCUGUGCUUAGUGGAGGUGGUGAACAAGAGGGCAUCGGAAGCGUCUGCCGGACCUGUGCUGGUGCACUGCAGCGCAGGGAUUGGGCGGACAGGUACCUUCAUUGCCCUGGAUUUCCUCCUGAAGAUGGGGAAGGCUGAGGGGAAGGUGGAUGUGUUUCACUGCGUGCAGAGGCUGCGGGAACAGCGGGUCAGCAUGGUGCAGACGAAGGAGCAGUACAUCUUCUUGUAUGAGGUUCUGCUUGAAGGCUUGCUCUGCAGCAGCACUGGGAUCCCAGUGGAGAGCAUCGCCAGCCAUGUCCGCUGCCUUCGAGAAGCUGAGACCUCAAGGCACAACAAUGUCCUUGAGAAGGAGUUCAAGACCCUGCAGAAGUUUUCCGAGUUGUUCCAGCUUCUGCCAUGCAGAGAAGCGGAGAAACCAAGCAACCAGCCCAAGAACCGCAAGCCAGGGAUCCUGCCAGCCGAUUCCUGGCGGCCCAUCCUGAUGUCCUCGCUGAACGCAGACGGCUCGCCAGGCUACAUCAACGCUGUGUUUGCCAACACAUACACUGAGGAGGACAGACUCAUCAUCACCCAGCUGCCUUUCCUCACCACACUAGUGGAUUUCUGGGCUCUGGUCUGGGAUUACACCUGCACAUCAGUGGUUGUGCUGAACCAGCUCCAGGAGCUGGACAAGACAUACGUGGAGUUCUGGCCCACCCAGGGCGAAGCUGCCUACGGCCGUUUCCAUGUCCACCUGAUCUCAGAGGAGCCUGGAGCUGACUUCACAGCCUGGACGCUUGCCCUCACCAACAAGCAGCAGCCCAAGAAGUCUGCACUGGAAGUCCGUCUCUGGCAACUGAAGGACUGGCCCAUGCAGGAGCGUCUGCCCCCGCAACUUGCCACUAUCAUCAGUCUGCUAGGGAAAGUGGAGACACACCAUCGGCAGAGCCAAGACGGACAUAUCCUUGUCACCUGCUGGGAUGGUGCCAGCCGUAGCGGAAUCUUCUGUGCUGCUAGUUUCCUGUGUGAGCAGAUCCAAAGCGAGGGGCUGGUGGAUGUAUCCCAGGCUGUGAGGACGUUGAAGAGGCGGCGGAGACAGUUGAUUAAAGAUGUGGAGCAGUACAGGCUCUGCUAUGAACUAGCCCUCAGUUACCUGAAUUCAUUUGAAACCUAUGGGAAUUUCAAGUAG